GGAGAAUGAGGAUUCCAUUCCCCCGGUAAUGUUGUAUGCCGUGAACCAAACGGCCCCUUAAAGUUAAGGAUUACAACUACUAAGGAAUAUCUAUAGAAUACUAUCUUAAUUACUCAUAAUAUUUCUAAUUUAGGAAUUUAUUUUCUGACAAACAUGAAAUCGUAAGACAUUUGAGUCCGAUGAAAUUUUUUGGUGUUGCAUUACAAGUGUGCCUGGCAUCUGCUCUUAUCUCAUACCAAGUCACUCAACCAGAUUGUUUGACAGCACAUUUUGGGUUUGACAAUUUUACUUGCAUAUUCUUAGAAUGUCCAAUGGAAAGGGUAUAUGUAUUUUUGGUUAACUAUUGCAGCACAUCAGCUUGAAAAUCAUGACUAUGUUUAAUUUCUAAUCUCUGUCAGCAUUCCUUUUGGAAGUAUAAUUGGGCUUUACAUAUUAGCAUUAUUAAUCAUAUAUGGUUCUAGGUGAAGGCCAGUUAGGAAUUUACUUCUCAUCAUUGCCACUUAAUUGGCAGAGUAAAUAAACUUUAGAGAGGCAGUGUCUGCUCAGUUUUGACCAUCGAUAUUCCGUAAUGGCUGUGCUGAAAGACUUAGUUAAUUUUUGAGUUAAGUAAGCUUUUUAUAUUGAUUUUUGGAAGAAUUUCUAGGUACAAAAUUCAUCGUAUUUGACUCAACCCUUUGGGGAAAGGAAGAGCAUUUUGUGCUGGUGGAGAAGUUGCAGCUGUGGUACAUGAUAUUAGAGCAGGUGGAUGGGGAACAGGUGCCAACUUUUUUAUGAAAGAAUACGCUGUAAACUAUUUGAUGGCAACCUAUAGCAAACCGCAGGUUUCAAUUCAUAAUGGAAUCGUUAUGGGAGGUGGGAAUGGUGCUUCAAUACAUGGUAGAUUCCGUGUUGCUACUGAGGACUCGGUUUUUGCAAUCCCUGAAGCAGAUUUAGGACUCUUCCCAGAUGUAGGAGCCUUCUAUUUCUUGUCAAGACUCCCAGGAUUUUUCGGAGAGUAUCUCUCUCUUACUGGUGCCAGAUUGGAUGGUGCAGAACUGCUUGAAUGUAGCUUAGCAACUAUUUUUGUACCUUCAGUAAAAUUGCCCAUGUUAGAAGCUGCAUUAUGUUCUGUAGACUCCGGUGACCCAGCAACCAUUUCAUCAAUUAUUGGUCAAUAUUCCGAGCAACCCUCUUUAAAAGAGCAGAGUGUGUACAAUCGUUCCCAGCAAUUUGUAUGUGCCACCUAAACUGAAAACCUGUGAACAUGCUUACAAAGGAGAGGGAGGCUGUUGAUCAAAGGGACUGUUGGAUCUCUGCUACAAUUCAGCAAAGACUUUUUCGAGGGUUGCGGGGCCAUACUGCUGGAUAAAGAUAAGAACCCAAAGGAGCCGUCGAAAUUGGAGCUCGUCACUGAUACUACAGUUGACGGAUAUUUCUCCAAGGUGAACAAUGGAGAUUGGGAAGAUCCCAAGCUUCCAGUUAGAACCAAAUUCACCUUGUCACCCUAUGUAAUUGCGAAGCUUUAGAUGAGCACUUAAAAUGAUCAUGUUUGAGUAUAGGGCAUAAACUUGUAAUGUCUGUUUUAUAUAUAUAUAUAUAUAUAUAAAGUCUC